AUGAGGAGGACGUACAAGUUUGAACUGGAAAUAGAGAUGAAAUCGAGUGCAGAUAGGGUAUGGUGCAGCGUGAAGGAUUUCGCGAGAGUGUAUCCCAAGGCCGUGUCUAUCUACGAAGGCGUUCAGGUUCUUCAAGGCGAUGGAACUUCUGCUGGAACCAUCUACUUGUCUACCUUCAAACCAGAACUGAAGUCGGUAAUCUCAGCUACAAAGGAGAGAAUUGAUUUUGUGGAUGAAGGGAGGAGAACGUUGUACUAUAGUUUUAUGGAAGGGGAAAUCAUGAGCAGGUACAACACUUUCAAGGCCACAGUCUCUGUCAUCUGCCCAUCAUCCUCCUCCUCCUCCUCGGCUGCAGCAGCAGAUGCAGAUGCAGAUGGAGAUAUUGGAGCUGUAGUGAAAUAUUUAGCUGAAAUCCAAAAGGCAAAUGGAGUCCCGGAUCCAGAUUUCUUGAAGGAUUAUAUGCGCAUGGUUUUCCAGGGUUUGGAUGCUUAUCUUCUCAAAAACCCAUAA